AUGUGGCGAUCACUUCUCGUUCGAGCCGCAGGAGCGGCGUCGUCCGCGGGGAGUUUAGGGCAGGGCUCCUCCGUUCUCUUGGCCCCGAUCACGACGAGCCUCGCCUCCUACUCAUCAAAGUCUAAGGGGACCGCCGUCAUCGCGAAGAAGCCCGGUGCCACGGGAGGGGGCAAGUUCAAGGAUCGCAAGGCGCCAACCUAUGCCAAAGUUGACGACAUGUCCGCUUCGGCGCCCUCCGCCGAGGACAUGGAGUUCGAGCUUCCGACUGAUCCUCUCCCCAUUCCUCCUUAUGAUCCUGACCUUGACGUGCGCUCCAACGGCCGACCGUUGUUCUGCGGCAAAUCUUCACUCUCCGAGCUCACUCAUAAGGACGUAGGCUCUUACUUCGAUUUCAGGUCCCUCAUUUUAACAUCACUCGCACCUUUGCCUUUUUGUGUCGUGUGUCGUAGUCUAAUUAAAUUGGUCAACCUGCAGCGUUGAAGAAUUAAAGGAGAAAUUACCGGAAGGUUUGCCGGCGGGCAUGAUUCAGGAGUUCGAGGAGACUAGGCGGUGGGCGCUGCUAGUGAGACAGAGCUUCAUAGACUUGCGGGAUAACUUCCGACGCAUUGUGGACCCUCCAGCUCGGGCAAGCAGUAAAAGUACAUCCUCUGGAUAAUUUUUUUGACUGGAUAUAUAUUGUCAUCUUAAAUGACUGUUCAUCGAUUGAGGCAGUUUCCUAACAAGGGAAAAUAAUGGAGCUUAUAUGCCACAUAAACCGAAGAAGGCUGCCUUUGUUUGUUAAUAUCAAACUAUGUUAAUUGAAAAAAAGAAGAAAAUGAUUGCUUUUCCGAUCAUUCAUGUAUAUUCUAAGGUCAGGGACGAGUGGGACGUUCUUCCAUCACCACUUUCCUUAGCCACGAGUUAUGAAAAUGGAAACAGAAGAGGGAAAGCGAGGUCUAGGAUUGAACUGACAUACAGUAGUCACUAUUUGCAGUUCUUUUCCUCCUGUGACACGUCAGAAACUUCAGCUUCUAGCGACCACAUCUUUAUAUUGUUCUGGAUGGGUAUAUAUCCAAGCUAAAAUAUACAUUUCUUAAUGAUCUGGUAAUAUCUGCCUUCGUAUUACAGAAUGCAAUUCUUUUUUUUCAAUUUAAUUUUUUAAGCUAUAAUACAAGUCAGUACAGAUGUAUGUUGAUCACAUUUCAAAGUAAUAUCACUCAUACUGUCUUUUAUCCUACGCUAUCCUAAUCAGAACCUGAUUUGUAAUCACAUUGCCCCAUUAAUGGUCAUAAUAUAUCCACACACAUACACAUCCACAUAGCAGGCCUAUACCUGUCCUUUCGUUAGAAUUUUAGUGCGUCCUUGUUUUACAUGCAUGUGAAACUCUUGUUGUGGAUUCCAAAGAAGUUCUUCCACCAUGGUCAUCAUCUUUUCAACCCAUAAAAUUAGAUUAGGUCUGAAUUAAAGAAACAUAGCUUAAGCUUUUCAAAAAGGCUGCUCUACUUUUAAUUGAUAACAUUAUGCCAACUUUGGCGAAGUCCUUGUUCAUGGACGGUAAAGACCACUCGAUUCUCCAGGAAGGUUCCUGUCUUCAAGAUCCUGUAUAAUUUAAUGUCUCUUGCACUGUCAAAUAAAAUAUCGUUAUCUGAUAGGAUGCAUCGCUGAAUAUGUAUAGCAUUGAUGUAUAUUCAUGGCUGGCAUUUCUGACCUUUGCAAGUUGAUUAUUGGCUUCAUCAUUGUCUACAGGUUCUCCGGUUCGAAAGCAAGUCGUCUUGGAUGGCCUAGUCAGUUGUGGGAAAAGCAUUUUACUUGCUAUGCUUGUCCAUUGGGCACGUAGUGAGGGCUGGUUAGUCUUCUAUGUUCCAAAUGCUAGGAAAUGGACUCGUGGGGGAUUUUUCUACAGAAACCCAAACACAAAUUUAUGGGACACUCCUGUUCAAGCGGCACAAAUUCUGAAGGUACAAGUUCUAAUGAAUUUAUUUUUACAGUUUCUAUUUUGAUGUUCUUCCGUUUUGUGAUAACUAUCUGAGCUCUCUGUGACAUAAAAAAGUUAAUAUGUACCAUUAAAAGAUCAUCCUUUUAUAUUUCCAUGUAAGAAGGCUGACAUUUAUUGACGACAAUUUUUUAGGUUAUCCAUUACUCAUAACACCAUCAUUGAUGCAGGUUAAUGCUACUUUUAAAUUGCAUCUUGUGAAGGGCAUGCCUAGGAAGAUGGGAGCGGCCAGUUGGAUUUCAUUUUUCUGUUUCUUACUUUCUAGUAGCUGAAAUCAAUAUUCAUUACAUAGAAUUUCAUUUUGAAUGGUCGUAUUAUCGAAGAUGGCAGGUAUAUUUUGGAGAAAAAAUAAUCUUUCAAGGAAUGAAGCCCACGUAAAGUGGAGGAACUUCAACUAACUGGUCUCGACUUGGCUUUAAACUUACUAUGCUAGGUCUGGCCUUCAAUAAUUAACUAAUACAAACUUUUAAUUGGAUCACUUUUAAAUGUAUCGUGCAUAAUCUAUCGUCAAAUUAUAUCUUGUAUGAGUUCUGGAUAAUUUUCUCUCUGAAAACUUUUUUAUAUCAAUGCUGCAUGGUGACAGUGAAUUGUAUUCUGGUGGCUCAUUUAAGUUCAACUUGUGCUUUCAGUAAUUGGGCUACUCUAGUCCAGCCUUGGGCCUCAUAUCUUAAAAAUCUUUAAGCCUGGUUUACAUUACAGAAUUAAGGGUCCAGAUUUGGCCUUGUAAUGAAUACGCGUUGGGUUUUGAUUGGACUGGGGUUGUUGGAGUCAUUCAUGCGUUAUUGGUUGACCUACUUUCGUUGUACUUUUUGUUGAAACAUUUAACAAACGUCUGGUCAGAACACGAUAUUUUUUAUGAGUUAAUAAUAAGGCCUAUUGAAGGGAUAUCAGUUCAUGUGAUUUUUCAUACUUGUUAUCGACUUUUUGAUGUAUUUGUACUUGACCCUGUAAAUCUGUUUCUGUUAGGAUUUUUUGAAGUUCAAUGAGUCUCAUUUGCAAAAGUUGCCUAUACAAAUAUUUGAUCCAAUUCCCUUGGGAGAAGGAGCUGGGAUUAGGAUGAGAAAAGAUGCAGAUUCUAUGGCAAUGCCAGAGGAUUCCACAUUACUUGACCUGGUUCGCAUUGGCAUUGAAGAGCAGCAUGCUGCAGUUGGUGUAGUGGUUCGUCUGAGAAAAGAGUUAUCAUUUGUGAAAGAUAUUCCUGUGCUACUUGCAAUUGAUCAGGUGCAUUUGAACGAGCACAAUCUAGAGAUUUGACCACGGAUGACCAUUUAGUCAUCGCUGUACUUUUUUGUUCUUACACUCGUGAUAUAACUUUGUCCUCUCUAUUUUGAUUUCUCUAGUACAACAGCUGGUUUACAUUUAGUGAAUAUGAAGAACCUGUCACUGCUCGUUCUUGCCGUCCAAUUCAUGCUAAAGAACUGUCAACGGUCAGUACUUUACCAAAGAUAUUGCCCUUUCCAUAAUUACGUUAUUUUAGUUGUCCAUGAUCUAUUAUGUCACAAGCUUUCAAAUCACAUAGAAUUAUCUUUUUAUACCUUCUCCUUUCUUUACAACUCUCAAUCUCUUAUAUAAGCGUUUCCAAAGUAGAAUUGGAUACUAUGUUAGCAGUCCUAUGGUUGUCAAACAUCUGACUGUCGGAUACUUUACUAUGAAGAAGCAUGAAAUGCGCUUAUAGACUUCUCAUUUCUACUUAUUUAGUUUCCUUUUUACGACUUAAAUAUGCCCAAUGUAUGUGAAUGUGCUGCAUAUCAUCCAUUCAAUUCCUUGCAUCUUCUGAGCGAUUGCUUUCUGCUUAUGUAAUGGGAGAGCAAAAAGUUGAGAUUUUAACAACAUGCUCAGCCCUUGUUCUAAUGAAUUGUCAAGUUUUUUAAUAAAAUUGACAUAUUUCAUAUGCAGAGAAUAAGAACGUUAAAUUGGUGUUUAAUUUUAUAAGGUGCACGAGUUUCAAUGAAAGUUAGCUGGUGUCCUGUUAAUCAGUAGCAAUGGUCAGUCGGAACAUUGAUAUUGUCAGAGCUAUCCAGGAAGGAGCUAGUGCAUAGGUGAGCUGUGUACGAGAUACUUUGAAGGGGGUGCCUAUUAUCUUGGCAACUCAGAUAACUAAGGUCUCCUAGUGAAUCCCUCAACUCCUUUUAGUUAAUUCCCCUUGUAAAAAGAAGAAUCCUUUUACGCUGAUAUCUUAUCCUCUUAUGUUUGGGAAUUCCAGCUAACUGUUGAGGAAAAACCUUUAGUAUGUUGUUGCUUUAGCUUCCAAAUAUUCAUCUUUACUUCUUUUCAUUAAUAGCCCUGAUUUGCAGUUAAAUUGGCUCCCCUAUUUAGAAAAAAAGGUAUAAUUAGUUGGACUAGGAUACAAGGAAUUCAAUAGAGAUUGACAAGUUUUAGCUAAUGUACUGCCGGGAGAUUAGGGCACCUUCACUACCUGGUGGCUCUUCUUUGGGAUUAUUUAAGGCAUUAAGUAAGCUGGAGGAGGCAAAUUGCCACUUUAGGAAUGAAGGAGAAUUCUGUAUGGCAGUUAUCCGACUUAUUGUGCCAUAUACGAGGGUUGAUCAUGUAGAAUGUUCAUGGGAAUACAGUUGAUGAAGUAAAUGAACUUAUUAGAUGGUUUCAUAAGCCUCCAGAAAACGGAUAUUAGGUGAAAGCUUUCCAUAGUUUAUCAAAGUCAAAAAAGGUGACAGCAAUAAUUUAGGUGAUCUUGCCAUGCAAAGUGGAUACUAUUCUUCAUACAAGGAAGCGUGCAUGACAGAUAACAGAUUAAUAAGAAGGGAAGCCCAGGGAAACUAUAGUUGAAAUGAUAACAACUGAAAUCUCAAUUUUGUAAACUUUGAUUCUUGUCAGUCAUGUGAUGGGUUGUAAUAUUAAACCUAUCAAUCUAGUUGCUUGACUGUAGGUUCUUUGCUUGCCAUGAUCUUGUUACUUGAAACGUUCUCGUCAAUUUUGGUACUAGUUUUUGUACUUCUAUUGUUCUAUUCUUUUUCUGUAUUUAUAGGCACAUUUUUCGUAUAUUUUGUCAUUUGGUGAUCAAUGAUUUACUUGAAAACUCAUGUAUAAACUGGUCGACUGGGCAAUGCUCACCUGUAAAAUUUUGGUGCUUUUGAUGUGGUAGUCCCUAUUUGCCUUCUGUUUACAUCUGAUAGGUUAUCACUCUUCAAUUGGGAGAGUUGGGCAACUGACUAGAAUGAUGCGUACUUGAUAGGUUCUUUUAGUUCUAAGUCUAACCUGUACAUCAUAGCUUUUCAGAUUAAGUAUACCGUGAGAUUAUGUUUAAGACGACCGUUAUAUAGCUUGUACAUCAUAUGUUUUUCAUGUCAAGGUAUCCAGAUUUUAAAGUAGCUUCAGUAUCUGUCAGAGUACAAAAUGCAUCAGUGCCGAUAUUUUUGCCCUCCCAAGUUUAAAACCUCAUUGUUGCUACGUACUUUGAAGAAAAUAAUAUGUUCUUUCGAAUGAAACAUUGAUAUCAGGACUUCACCUUGAAGUAAUUGAUCCAUUUAAGAGCUAAGGGAUAAUACUGUGUUAACCUUCUGUGUACCAUGUGAAUCCGUUUAUGCUUUUUGGACAAUUUUAUGGACGACUUAUGCCUGAACCCGCUAUUGUAUACAUGUAUUUUUUUUUUGAAAGGGAGCAUUAGUGGAUGUUAUAAUCAGCACUAGGAUGCAAACUAUUCAUUUGAGAUUCUCUUCUGAUUGUGUUCAACUCCGCAGGUUAGUGCGUACAGAUCUAUGAUGCAUGGUGACAUGAUGGUGGGGGCUUUUUCUCACUCAACUGCUGUGGGCAAACUUCGGCAAGAGCUACCAGAUGUUCCUUUAGAUGCUCGCAUUCUUCUACCUCGAUACAGCUUAGACGAGGCUGAAAGUGUUUGUCAUUAUUAUCUCAGGUGUGAUUAUUUACGAUGAAAUGUGAUUGACUUUUUUUUUUGUUGAAAAAUUCAAUUUUUUGGGUCAUUUUUUUAUCAAAAUGUUAGCAUGACGUUAUACACAAGCCCUGAUCAUGUGUUCUAUUAACUAUACAAUCAAACGUCAACCUUUCCAUUUAAAUUGGUUUCAUAUUCUGUAUGUCAGAAAAACUCGGUUUCAGAGUCUGGGAUUUAUGUAUGAUCUAUAUAGUAUUUUCUGGAUGUCCUGUGCAUCUUCUGGAAGAACACUUACUAGAAGAGUGAUUAUGAAGUAAUAGUGUGAAGAGAAUCGCAUAAUGAAGCCAUUUUAUGGUUCUUCUUGAGUGUACAAAACUUGAUAGAGCAGAGUCUAUAUUCGUGGGUCUGAAAGCAGAACUCAUUUCACCGGGAAAAAGCUCUUCUAACGAUCCUACUUAAAUUUUCAACCACUUCCAAGUUUGAGUCAUAUGAUUACGGGGGAAUGCGGAUUUUGCUUGCUAUGUUUGAAACUGAUAUUAACUAGGAGAAGAAAAAUAUGAUUUAUUUGUCUAACCGCACCGUUUGCUCUGAGUUAAUUGUUUGGGAUGAUUGAUAAAAGCACUGACAGCCAUGGAAGGAUGUCGAGUUCACAUGUCCUGAAACCGGAAAGGUCGAGGAAACAAGGUUAGUUUUAAAGGUCAUCAUCAGAGGGGAGGUGAUCAGAAAGCGUGCGAAUCAAAUGCUCAACUUUGGUAACAGGGAAGACAUGGAGCCCUUUAGUGGAAAGAAAAGGCCUUCCUAUUCCUAGUCAUUAAAGGCGGAUGGCUUUCUGUGCCCCAGCUUGGUGAAUUGCAUCCCCAUUCAGUGACAUCAUCAUCUCUUCCCUACUAACUCAGUGUUUGCCACGUCUGGGAAACCAGUUUAUGACUCGAAGGCUGUUGCCUAACAUGCACGCACUAGGAAACAAUUCUACCAUAGUGACUCCGUUCUCUGAAGUGAGGGAAUCCCAAUAAGCGAAAGAAGAAAUGAUCGUAGGAAGCAAUGUGUUGAACACCCACAGCAGGCUUCGAUCAAAUGGGCAGAAUGGCAAACUUCAUAUGGAGAUGGCGUAAAAAGCUUCUUGCAUUCACCUUUCCAAGUAGGAAGAAAGUCUCCAUUUCCUUGUGUCUACAUCUCUCUGCUAUUUGAUUGUGUAAGCAUGGGCAUGGUUCUCGAUCCUUUGGAUGGUUUCUUGACAGAUGGUUUUGCCACCGGUCACCGGAACACAUGAAUAGCUGUUGUUGUAUAGAUUUCCUGAUGUCAGCAUACUUGUGAUGAUUUUUCUAGGCUUUUAUAUGAUUUAUUAUCGUAUUGGCUAUAGUUCCCGUUGUGACAGGACAGCUCACAUCUGAACGCUAAGCUUAUUUGUGACAUGACAGCUUAUAUCUAAACUCCUGUCAUUACCUGCAGGCAAAGGCUCAUUAGGCGCGAUGGAUUUUCGGAGGACAAAUGGAAGAAAAUUUACCAUUUAUCCAAUGGAAACGGGAAAGAAAUGCGAUGGUUGGUUCCUUUCAUUUAA